UAAAAAAAAAAAAACUCCCUAACAAAAACCUCUCUGCUUUUCUUCCUUGCGGUGCUGCUGUGCCUGUUUCGUCGACCAGAGGGCAAAAUCUCCCACCUUGUCUAAAACUCUUCGAAAACCCCUCAAUCGAAACAAACCACCAAAAACCCAUUUACAUUUUUUCUCUUUGAAAGUUAAUCUGUUCGUUAAAGUCGAAACCAGAUAAUAAAUUUUUGUUUGAAUCAGAAUCUGAUUGCAGAAUGGCGGCGGCUGGAAGUGCUUCGUGGCAGCCACAAGAGGAGGGGUUGAAGGAGAUCUGUGGACUGCUGGAGCAGCAGAUUUCGCCAUCUUCUUCGGCCGAUAAAUCUCAGAUUUGGCAACAGCUUCAGCACUAUUCUCAGUUCCCUGAUUUCAAUAACUAUCUCGCUUUUAUCCUUGCACGAGCCGAGGGUAAAUCAGUAGAGAUUCGACAAGCUGCUGGUUUGCUGCUGAAAAAUAAUCUAAGAACUGCAUAUAAGAUGAUGUCUCCGGCACACCAACAAUAUAUAAAGUCAGAACUAUUACCCUGUUUAGGAGCAGCAGAUAAACACAUUAGGUCAACAGUUGGGACAAUUAUAUCUGUGGUUGUCCAACAAGGGGGGAUUUUGGGGUGGCCUGAGUUGUUGCAAGCUUUUAUAAAUUGUUUGGAUAGCAAUGACCUAAAUCACAUGGAAGGUGCAAUGGAUGCAUUGUCAAAGAUUUGUGAGGAUAUACCACAAGUGUUGGAUUCGGAUGUGCCUGGGUUAGCUGAAAGGCCUAUUAACAUAUUCCUUCCUCGGUUGUUUCAGUUUUUUCAGUCUCCACAUGCUUCUCUGAGAAAGCUUUCAUUGGGUUCUGUAAACCAAUAUAUUAUGUUGAUGCCUUCUGCUUUAUAUGCAUCUGUGGAUAAAUACCUUCAUGGUUUGUUUGGCCUUGCUAAUGACCCUGCAGCAGAAGUGCGGAAAUUGGUUUGUGCAGCAUUUGUUCAGCUAAUUGAAGUCCGUCCAUCUGUUCUGGAGCCACAUAUGAAGAAUGUAAUUGAAUAUAUGUUGCAAGUAAAUAAGGACACUGAUGAUGAGGUGGCACUUGAAGCAUGUGAAUUUUGGUCUGCUUAUUGUGAUGCGCAGUUACCACCUGAGAUUUUGAGAGAAUAUUUACCACGUUUAAUUCCAAUUUUGUUGUCAAAUAUGGCUUAUGCAGAUGAUGAUGAAUCACUUGCUGAGGCUGAGGAAGAUGAGUCUCUUCCAGACAGAGAUCAGGACCUAAAACCUCGAUUUCAUACGUCACGAUUUCAUGGUUCUGAGGAUGCAGAAGAUGAUGAUGAUGACUCAUUCAAUGUAUGGAACUUAAGGAAAUGCAGUGCAGCAGCUCUUGAUGUUCUAUCAAAUGUGUGGGAUGAAAUUCUUCCAACUUUGAUGCCUAUUAUUCAGGCCAAGUUAGCUGCUACUGGUGAUGAAGCCUGGAAAGAUAGGGAAGCUGCUGUUUUGGCUCUUGGCGCAGUUGGUGAAGGUUGCAUUAAUGGUCUUUAUCCUCAUUUGUCUGAGAUUGUGGCAUUUUUAAUUCCCCUUUUAGAUGAUAAGUUUCCUCUCAUAAGGAGUAUUUCUUGUUGGACACUUUCUCGAUUCAGCAAAUACAUUGUUCAGGAUAGUGGUCAUCAAAAAGGCUAUGAGCAAUUUGAUGCAGCUCUUAUGGGUCUUCUGCGAAGAAUAUUAGAUACUAACAAGCGGGUGCAAGAGGCUGCUUGUUCAGCUUUUGCAACACUUGAAGAGGAGGCUGCCGAAGAGUUGGCACCAAGGUUGGAAGUAAUUUUACAGCAUCUUAUGUGUGCUUUUGGCAAGUAUCAGAGGCGGAACCUCAGAAUUGUUUAUGAUGCUAUUGGAACUCUAGCAGAUGCUGUUGGAGGGGAAUUGAAUCAGCCCGUCUAUCUUGAAAUUCUGAUGCCUCCACUUAUUGCGAAGUGGCAUCAGGUUCCAAAUUCUGACAAAGAUCUCUUUCCACUGCUUGAGUGCUUCACUUCCAUAGCGCAGGCAUUAGGUACCGGGUUCACUCAAUUUGCACAGCCUGUAUUUCAGAGGUGCAUAAAUAUCAUCCAGACUCAACAAUUGGCUAAGGUUGAUCCUGUUUCAGCUGGGGUUCAGUAUGAUAAGGAGUUCAUUGUAUGCUCGCUAGAUUUGCUUUCUGGACUAACAGAGGGCCUUGGUAGUGGAAUAGAAAGUUUGGUCUCGCAGAGCAAUUUGAGGGACCUGCUUCUGCAGUGUUGCAUGGAUGAUGCUUCUGAUGUUCGACAAAGUGCCUUUGCACUUCUUGGGGACCUUGCUAGGGUUUGCCCUGUUCAUUUGCAUCCUCGUUUGUCUGAAUUUCUUGAUAUAGCAGCAAAGCAAUUGAAUACUCCCAAGUUAAAGGAAACCAUUUCAGUAGCGAACAAUGCAUGCUGGGCUAUUGGCGAGCUAGCAAUUAAGGUACGGAAAGAAAUUUCUCCAAUUGUCAUGACAGUGAUCUCAUGUUUGGUUCCAAUCCUUCAGCAUGCUGAGGGGCUGAACAAGUCACUUGUUGAAAAUAGUGCUAUUACACUAGGGAGGCUUGCAUGGGUCUGUCCAGAUCUUGUAUCGCCACAUAUGGAGCAUUUCAUGCAAUCUUGGUGUAUUGCUUUGUCUAUGAUACGUGAUGAUAUUGAGAAAGAAGAUGCGUUCCGGGGCCUAUGUGCAAUGGUCAGGGCAAAUCCAUCAGGGGCUCUGAGUUCACUUGUUUUCAUGUGCAAAGCUAUUGCAAGUUGGCAUGAAAUAAGGAGUGAAGAACUACAUAAUGAAGUUUGUCAGGUCUUGCACGGUUAUAAACAGAUGCUUAGGAAUGGGGCGUGGGACCAAUGUAUGUCUGCUUUGGAGCCACCUGUGAAGGAUAAACUUUCAAAGUAUCAAGUAUAAGAUGUUCUUGGUUAUCCAUGCUUGUCGUUAUUCUACAUUAUAUUUGUGGUUCUUCAGAGAUCUUUAUCAGCAUCGAUACUGUUGGUAUAUUUUGUGCAUUAUCUGACUGUAUUGGAGCUGCGAUUCAUAUAAGCAUCCUAUAAGCAAAUGUUGGUUAGGGGGUGGGGGUACUGAAGCGGUUGAGUAUUUGUGUAUGGAUUUUUAGCAUGCAGGAAUAUGCAGGCUCCAUAAGGGGUGAAGAGGUGGUUUUUACUGGGUGUUCGUAAUUGGGACAUGGGGUAAGGUAUCUGAUUCAAGCAUUUGCAUUCGUUAUUUUUGACAAAUUUCUCUUAUUUUCAUUGUUUUGAGUUAGGGAUAGGGUUUUGGUCUGUGGAUUCCCACAGUUUUUCUGUACAAGGGCUUUAAUUGUUUUUUCUUAUUAGAAUUUUGGGUGUUAUUUGUGUAUUAUAUAAGGUCUGGAACAUACUAUUGGAGUUGGAGGUGGAUUUUUUUUUUUUGACAAUAAAUUUAGUUGGUAUUUCAUGAA